ACAUCACAUUUAAUAGCUCCUCGAACUUUUUUUGGGAGUGUAGAAAACGAGUGAAAGAAAUUGAAAGAGUUGUUCUCCAUUGCGUGUUGUGCCAAAUGAUGCGCCGCCAUGUUUGCCUCUCGGUAGAUAUGGUUGACUCGUCCUCCAGAUUUAUUAAUGAGCUCUCGGUCAAAGUCGUAAAGAAGUCAUUGUUGUCAUCACUAGUAAUUCUGUUUACGCAGACUUUUGAGUCUGUGUACAAGUUGACUUUUGAGUCAAGGUACAAACUUCUUCUGGUUCCUUCAUAUGCCGCUUCCAUCUCCGUUUCUUCUGCUGGCUGGUCUGCGCGUAGGGGGAAGGUCCAAGCAGUGAGGAAAUCUCCUUUGUUAGAUCGGAUAAUGCAAGCUCCUGUUGCUCUUCCAUUCCUCAUUGCUGCGUCGGUGGUUAGAAUGAUUCCAGUGUCUGGCAGUUCCCAGCGGAGGACCUUGAUUGCUCCCAUCCUAAUUGUGGGGCUGUUCAUGUGCUGGUUCCUCAGAUUCAGUGUUUUUCUUUUCUGGUUCCUGGUCAAGCAAAGGGGAGUGCUCAGAAUCAGAAAUGUAAAUGGGGGUAAGGGCAAGGUUUUCUGUUUCCAGAUGCAGGUCAUCCAGGGAGAGGAUUUGAGAAUCCAUGGGUUCCAUGGGUGGAAGCUUGGGAGGCUGAUUUUCUUCCCAGGAUAUGAGGCAUUUGGCAAAGAUGUCAUUGUGAUGAAGAACUUCCCAGUCCUCUUCACUAAGGAAAUUUUCAUCAAGGCCUAUAGAGUCUUCAAUAAACGUACCUUGACUAUCGAGGAGUCUCCUCAUAUUGUAUUUUCCGAAGAUAAUACUCGCUUGGCGAGAAAGGCUAUUUGUGAUGAUCUUGCAGACUCAUUAGAGAGAGUACACCUUGAAGACGAUGAAGAAGACACACCAUUAUACACCAACCCGCAACCACAAUCUGAGGAAACACCUCAAGUGAUGGUUGAAAAUGAGGACCAAGCGGACGGAGAAGAUCAAGAGGAAGCCCAGGAACAAGAGGAAACCGAGCUUCCCAUCGCUUGGAGAACGCACAGGAACCAUCCUCUUGACCAGGUAAUCGGCAGCAUCAACCGCGGGGAAUUCUCAACGCUCAUGACUAGCGAAUUUGAAAUGUCAAUGAUGGGCGAGCUCACAUUCUUUUUGGGACUCCAAGUUAAGCAAAUGAAAGAUGGAACGUUCAUUUGCCAAGCUAAAUACUGCAAGGAGCUCCUAAAACGGUUUGAAAUGGACAACGCCAAAGCCAUGGCGACCCCGAUGAGCACGUCUGACCAUCUUGACAAAGACGAGAAAGACCUCAAGCUCAUCCAUGCGAUCAUGCAUUCGGCCCCAAUCAAUUGGGCAAAGUUUGUCAUGAUCAACAUGACGAUCGCCGCGUCCACCGACCACGAUCACCUCCUCCCGUACCCGUUUUUGGUGAUGGACAUCCUUGAACGGUUCAAGGUAACCACCACCGUUGGCCCGCUCACGAAGGCCACGAAGAUUUGGACAAUCAGCAACCAAACCUUCCUCAAGCGGUCGGACAACGCCGCGGCUGCCACUGCCGAGCCACGCCGCACUGCCCCUACCGCUGGCCCAGCCGAACCCCAGGCCCGGGCCAACCUUGCCUCCAUCGCCGACUCCCUCAACCGGCUCCACCUCAAAGUUGACGGGAUGGGUGGCUACCUUGAACGGCUCGACGUGGCUGUUCAACGCCAAGGAUACGCGAUGAACUCGUACUUCCAAGGCAUCAACUACGUCCCCCCACCGUACCACGGCACGUUCUUUGGGCAAGUGUAUGGUGACGAAGACGAAGCCGAUGACUCCUACGCCCCGUCAAGCUCCCCGGAUGAAGACGAGUUCGACGAUGCCAUCGAUGGGGAUGAGAUGGACGUCGAUGACGACGAGGAGGAAACCGAAGACGAAGACUAGGACUCCCCUAGAAUUUCUAUCUCUUUUACUUUAAUUAUUCUUUUUUUUACUGCUUCCGUUGUACUCCGCUAUUUCCCUUUAUUAAAUAAAAUCAUUUCGUUUAUCUUUUUGUUAAUGUCAAAAGGGGGAAGAAAAGGGCUAUGCAUAU